AUGCUCGCGGCGAAGGUUGAGAAAUUGACAAGGCUGCUAGAAGUGUGUGGGCAGGGCGAACAGCCACAAAAUUUGCUGCCAAUCACAUUACGGAGUUGCACCAAAGAGUGGAAUCUGGACGCCCCUUCACCAUUUGCCAAGGUCUGUUUUAACGAUUUGGUGCUUGGCUACGAUUUCCAGGGAAGCGAGGGCGAGACUCUUACCCAAAAAUUCAUUUGCCUUUAUCGUUUCCUGCUGCAGCAAGUAAAUUUUGCCACAGACUUGAGCGGUUGCGGGGGCGAGGUCGGGCGAACGGUUGGCGGAGAAGAUGUUUUAUCGCACCGAAUUGUUCAAAGCUCUGCAAAUUGCAUUAUGCGAGUCAGGAACUAUCGAUACGAUUUUGAGGAAGAAAGAUCCAUACCCAGCAACAGAAAGGGCAAGCGAACGCGCGUAUCCGAUGCCUCUCAGGGGCGAGGGAAAUGA